ACCACGUAACGUGGCCUGUGUCACAUGAUUGUGCCGUGUAAACAUGGCUUCUCACUUGUCUUAUGGCCGAGUCAAUCUAAAUAUUUUGAGGGAAGCUGCAAGAAGGGAGCUUCGCGAAUUUCUGGACAAAUGCGCAGGAAGCAAGGCCAUUGUAUGGGAUGAAUACCUUACAGGACCGUUUGGAUUAAUAGCUCAGUAUUCAUUGUUGAAGGAACAUGAAGUGGAAAAGAUGUUUACACUCAAAGCGGGGCGUGUGCCACCAGCUGAUGUCAAAAACGUUAUCUUCUUUGUACGACCAAAGCUGGAGUUGAUGGACGUUAUUGCAGAGAAUGUAAUGAGCGAGGACAAGUUACAGCCACAGCGCGAGUUCCACAUCCUGUUCAUACCUCGGCGCAGUCUGCUAUGUGAGCAGCGGCUAAAGGAGCAAGGUGUCCUCAACUCCUUCACCAACAUAGAUGAGUACAUUCUGGACCUCAUUCCCUAUGAUGGAGACCUGCUCUCAAUGGAGUCUGAAAGUGCAUUCAGGGAAUGUUAUCUUGAGAAUGACCAGACAAGCCUGUAUCACACUGCUAAGGGUUUGAUGACACUGCAGGCACUGUAUGGAACAAUCCCUCAGAUCUUUGGAAAAGGAGAAUGUGCACGGCAUGUAGCAAACAUGAUGCUGCGGAUGAAGAGGGAGUUUGCUGGCAGUCAGAAUCAAAUCCUGCCUGUGUUUGACACGCUCUUGUUAUUGGACCGAAAUGUGGACCUGCUUACUCCGCUAGCCACACAGCUCACCUAUGAAGGCCUCAUCGAUGAAAUCUACAGCAUCACUAAUGGUUAUGUGAAGCUUCCCCCUGAGAAGUUUGCCCAGAAGAAGGGAGGUGAAGGAGGUAAAGAUCUGCCCACUGAGCCCAAGAAGUUGCAGCUCAACUCAGCCGAAGAGCUAUAUGCUGAAAUCCGUGACAAGAACUUCAAUGCCGUUGGAGCAGCACUUAGCAAGAAGGCCAAGAUCAUUUCUGCUGCAUUUGAAGAGCGCCACAAUGCAAAGACAGUUGGAGAGAUUAAACAGUUUGUAUCCCAGCUGCCCCACAUGCAGGCUGCUCGCACCUCACUUGCCAAUCACACGUCUAUUGCUGAGCUCAUCAAGGACAUCACCACUUCAGAAGUUUUUUUUGAUAACUUGACAGUGGAGCAAGAGUUUAUGACCGGAGUGGAUACAGACAAGAUUAACAUUUACAUAGAAGAUUCCAUCGCACAGAAGGACCCACUUAUCAAGAUCCUCCGACUGGUGUGCAUGCAGUCUGUCUGCAAUAAUGGCCUGAAACAGAAAGUUCUUGAUUUUUACAAGAGAGAGAUCCUGCAGACGUAUGGAUACGAGCACAUUCUGACCCUCAACAACUUGGAGAAGAUUGGUUUACUCAAACCACAGACAACCACACGAAACAACUAUCCGACCAUCAGGAAAACGCUCAAGCUCUGGAUGGAGGAUGCAAAUGAACAGAACCCCAACGACAUCUCCUACGUGUACAGCGGUUAUGCUCCUCUCAGCGUGAGGCUGACUCAGGUUCUGGCUCGGCCAGGCUGGAGAAGUAUUGAGGAGGUGCUGAAAAUGCUGCCUGGGCCACACUUUGAGGAGAGACAGCAACUUCCACCUGGUCUCCAUAAGAAACGUCAGCAGGGAGAGAACAGGACAACGCUGGUGUUCUUUCUCGGGGGUGUGACGUACGCAGAAAUCGCCGCACUCCGCUUUCUGUCUCAGAUGGAAGAUGGUGGGACAGAGUACAUCAUUGCCACCACCAAACUCAUCAAUGGCACCAGCUGGAUAAAAUCUCUCAUGGACCGUCCUGAAGCACAAAUACCCUGAAAAUGUCCCAUGAGCAAUUUAGAACAUGUGCUAGUGUAACUUUGUAUACAGAAGUGUACAAAGUUAAGGCAAUAGUGUUCUCUUUUUAUUAACCCCCUUUUCUGGCGAUGCACCAAAAACAAUUCCCUUUUUUUUUUUUUUUUUUUGGAAAGCCUGU